AUGCUGCAGGGCGGAAAGCCCUCAGACACCGAAUGGCUGGUCGGACGGGGAGGCGCACGCCUGUGUUCAAUGUGGAAAAAUCUGGAACCCGACACUCGUUGUACCCUUCUAAACCAGACCCCAGAUCAAAGUGUUCCCUUCGACGAGUAUGGAGUUUUAGAUGAGAGAUUUUCAACAUGUGCGAGGGAUUCUGACACUGCGACUCCCUCUGUUGAUGCUUCAACGUUGAGUGAUCUGAAUACUACAAGUAUUGAUGCGCGUUCGUCGAGUGGAGAUAACUCUGAAGUGGUUAUGGACCUCCAAGCACGUUUUGAGAGGGCCCGUAGUAACUACUAUGAGGUGGUAGCAAAUGAGAAACGAGCGGAGCUUCAGAUUGUCUACGACAAAAGUAGCCUCGGAGGUGUAUUGUCUACAGCGGUUACAAUGGCUAAGAAUGCUGUUCAGCUCGCUCGUCUCAAAGGGCGAGCCCAAACUCCCCAGUAUGCGUUCGAAGAAGUUCCGAAGCAGCUGUCGGACGUAUUUAACAGCAUUGAGGAUGUUACCCAGUUCGACCCCGAGCUUCGUUUCGAUGGCCCCUCGCCAAGUUUUGCCGCUGCACGCAUCGCGGAAUCUCGAAAGAAGUACCGGUCGAAUCUCCUCAAACAACAUGGUGUCCUUGGUAAACGCCAAUCUCACGAGGAUCCCGACAAGCCUCUACUACCUCCACGGUACAAGUAUUUUGGAAGGCACAAGGGAUUUCUUCACUUUGAACCGGGAACAUACUAA